CACACACAUAGUACCCCCGAAAGUCUCCUUGAAAAAUGUUUUUUGGCCAUGUCAUCUUUUUGUGUACCGUAUUUUUUGGAUUUUUUUGUCGAGCUUGCAAUCAAAUAUAUACAGUAGUAUAUGAUGCCUGUAGAACUUCAGCAGUAAAACGAAAAAGAAAUGGAAUAAAUAAUAAUCGAAAAAGUAAAACUUAUAGUUAUCGUUUAACUGAUCAUAAAGGAUACGAAGAUUGUGAGUCAUGUGAGAAAUUUAAGCUACAUGGUAUGUAUAAUGUAUGUACUCAUACUGCUUUUUUCUUAAGUAAAUAACAUUCAAGUUUGUAUUA